AUGAUUGCCAGAAUUGCCCUCAGAUCCGCCCGCCAGGUUGCCAUUAGACGUCUCCCCGUCGCCGCAAUGGCCUCUGCUUCCCGCAUCCCUGCCUUCUCUGCCAUCAGAACCUUCUCUGCCACCACUAAGUCCAUGGAGAAGCUCCCCCUGACCGCCUCUGAUGCCCAGCUUUCUAGAGUUCUUAAGAACGAAAUCAAUAUUGAGGUCGAGACUUCUCAGGAAAACCCCGAGGCUGAUUCUGCCAAGUGGCUCGAGAAGUCUGGCUUCCAGCUCAUUGCCAAGGACGGCACCGACGAGAUUGAGCUCAUCAAGAAGGAGGGUGGUGAAGUUAUCCACAUCUUUUUCUCUGUUUCUGACAUCACCAACGGUGAUGCUUACGACUUCAACAAUGACGAGUUUGCUGAGAACGAGCACUCUGAGGAAGCCGCUGAGGAGGAAGAGGAUGCCGACUUCAUUGAGGCUCCUCCUAUCCGCGCCAACAUUGUUGUCGAGAAGGCUUCUGGUGCCCUUUCCAUUGAGAGUGUUAUCCAGUCCAACCUCCUCCUCGUCGAGAACGUUACUCCCUAUGAGUCCGCUGAUGUUGCUCUUGCCAACACUUCUGAGGCUGACUUCAAGCGCCGCAGCAUCUACCAGGGUCCUGCUUUCUCCAACCUUGACGAGAACCUCCAGUCUGCUCUUGAGCAGUACCUUGAGAGCAGAGGAAUUGAUGCUGGUCUUGCUUCUUUCAUUUCUGACUAUGCCAACGUCCGUGAGAACAACGAAUACAUUCUUUGGCUCAAGAAGAUCCAGAACUUUGUCGAGGCCUAA